UACAGUUUUUAAACAUUGAUGGGAAGUUAACUGAUAAUCAUGAUGUGAUAACAGAUUCUUUUAAUAAUUAUUUUCGAACAAUAGCUGGACAACAUCAAUACCAGUAAUGUUCAUCGGCAUUUUCUGUGAUUUGAAGAAAACUUUUGACUUUGUCAGUAUCUGUCUAUCUGCCUCUCUCUGUCUAAAGUAGAAUUUUAUGGAAUAGUUGGUAAGGCCAGUGCAUUGAUAAAAUCCUAUGUGAAAGAUAGGUACCAAAGGGUAAGUCUAUUUUACUCAUUGGAGGAAUAAUUUAACUUCAAUAUUAAUUAAUGAUCUUGGUCUGUUAUAUGCUGGCUGCCUAGUAGUAUACUUUCAUGUUUCAUUAUUGUAGUCUUGUGUCAGUGUGCUGCAUUCUUUCACAUACACGUACAUAUUUGAAAACUGUGUUAAUGAUUUACUCACUGUGAUUUGUCGUUGGUAAUAUGUGUAAUUGUUAUGGGUUAAAUAUAAUUAAUUUUUAUUUAUAUUAUUGAUGGAACUUGUCCUGUUGUCUUUGACUAUUACUGUAUCCACUGUUCUUCCACCCAUGUAAGGAUUAAUGGAAAGUAAAUAAAUGAAUGAAUAUCUGUUUUAGUACAUGAUGUAAUGUAGCACCUACACCAUGUUUGUAAUGUUUACUGAUGAAUUAUUUCAAGGUUUUGAGACAAUAUGUAAUACUCUUACAGGGCUAUGGUAUGGGCAGGAAGAGUUGGGUUAUCCUGUACUACUGAUUCUGCUAGAAUGCUACACAAUAAAGUUCUGUGCAACAAACAUUUCUCUGAAAGUGGUUUCACUACAGCUGAAAGGGUACACCUUAACAGAUGUGCAGAAAGCCUCAGUGCUCUAGUGGCUACAGUUUCAGUGGUGGAACAAGUGUUGGCCGACGGAAAGCACUGUGUUGCCCACUCAGUGACAGCAGUCCCGAUAUAGAGCUCUGGAAAAGGGCAAGUAUGGGGAUAAAGAGUUGGAUCUUCCUCAAGGAUGGCAAACCUGCCUUUCUUCAUCAUCCUCCUUCACAGAAUGGGUGGCUGAUUGACAUCACUACUGCCCAGCAUCUGUGGAGGACACUGAAAGAGGUGGGUUUUCAGUACCUUCACACCCAAAACCUGAAUCAGGACCCCCUGGAGAACACAUUUGGGGCUAUUUGUUAGUGCUGUGGUUCUAAUAAUAACCCAAUUGUGGGACGGUUUGUAGAUGCCCUGAAGACUAGCAUCAUCAAUGGCCUUGCACUUAGGGGACUGGGGGAAAUGAAGGAUGAUGGUUCUACUCUUCUGGAUAAUCUACAGUCGCUUUUCAGGGCACCUGAAGCUGCUUCACGAAAUCCUUCCACAAGGAAACCCCUGCUGGUGUGCCUGAGAGUUUCCAUGUUGCUGAGCAAGUACAGAUGGACAUGGAGUCCUGCAGUACCUGAUGGGGACAUGGAAGUGCUCUCAGUAGCUCACAUCAGUGGUUCUGUUGUCAGACAGGUGCUUCGUGUUGUCAGCUGUGAUGCAUGCAAGACAUGCCUGACAUCCGAAGUGCUGCUAUCAGCCAAUGUCUUCAUAUAUUUCAAGGAGUGCAGUGAUACAGAACAGUCUCUCACCUAUCCAUCUGAGAAGCUGGUGGAGACUGUUGGUACUGCUGUAACUCUGAUGGAGUCUAUAAUGGCAGAGGCUACCCACUUGAAUUCAGUGGAGCAGCAUAUCACAGCUGCCAUCAAGAGCACCAUUGAUUUCAAAUGGAUUAGGUGUUCUGCCUGUUCGCUUCACCACCAAUGAAUAGUAGAUAGUAUUGUGAGAUGUCUCAUACGAAUUUACAUUCCUUGGUGGUGUAAGCGAAGAAACAGGUUGAUGACUGAAGCAGCCAGGCAGAGGGCCACAGAGAGGAAGAUGAAGAUACUGUCUCAUUGGUAAGUCAUUAUGAAAGUAAUGCUUCUUCAUUUUUGCCUUGUAAUGGCCUGCCCAUACUAGCCCUGGAAAUUGACAGAGAGUAGUUAUGAAAUUAUUGGAAGAAUAUGUGUGCCAACUAGUCACAUGAGCAUCAUUAAAUGUUUCGUAAGUUGGAGAAAGUAUCCCUGGUGACAAGCAGUUGCAGUGCAGCAACAGAAACUACUGUGCAGUGAAUGAUAACAUCGUCAUCCACAGUUCAGUUACGCACAAGAAAUCUACUUUGAACUUGAGCUGCAUC